AUGCGCUCCCUGGGGGGCGUGCGGCAGCAGCAGCCGCAGCUGCAGCAGCACCAGCCGCAGCAGCAGGAGCAGCAGCAGCAGCAGCAGCAGCAUCAUGAUGCUGCUCGCUCCUUCUUGGGGCGCCGGCGCGGCGCAUGCGGCUUGACGUUUGGGGCUGUUUGUUUGCUGCUGAUUGCAUGCGUUUGCUGCUGGGCCGCGCCAGCUGUCCUGGGGUUUCCUAUGGAUGCAACACGCAACGCGGAGCUGCAGCAGCAGCGGGAGCAGCAGCAGCAGCAGCAGCAGCAGCAGGAACGCGAGCAAGCAGCUCUUGCUCUUCUCACUCUACAUGAAAAAUACAGCCCACCAAACUGCAAGUAUCACCCGCUGCCUUUCUCCCUCAACAGCUUCAGUCUCCUGAGUAACAACGGGGAGAUUAUUUUAUCUGAUGUCUUUGGGCUGCCGGGGGCUUGCGAAGAAGAAGAACAUCAUCUCCGCUUUUCUCUGCCUCCUCAUGUUAAGGACGGUCGCACUGUGCUUUCCGUUAGCCUGGACCUUCAUCGGGACAGCUUUGUGGAGUUUAAAUAUAUUGAGCUGUACAGACAGCCCAAACAAAACGCCCUUCCUAUCCCUCUCAAACACAGCCAAGCAGACGCAGCAAAGCUGGAGGAGAGGAGGCGUACAGCUCAGCAGACAGCUACCAUAUUGGAGGGUGCGGGAGGGGCGAAGACGCGCGCGGUGCUCAGCGCCCCCAUAACAGACCCUGAAGGAGCGUUUCUAUACUACCUUACACUGGCGGACGAAGGGCUGUCCUUUGAAAGCCCUGUGGAGACGCCCUUUGUGCUGAACUUCGCUGGGGAGGAGCCGUGGAAGCCGUUCACUCGCGCUGUCUUUCAGACGGCAGUGCGGGUGCCUCCCCGUCUGCAUCGCUUUGUACGCAUUUAUAUGCGCGUCUCUUUUCGGUUUGUGUCUGGCCCCUUCCAACUGCUGCUCGAACUGUUUGAUGAGGAGACACCGCCAGACGCGGCUGCUACGCAGCCUGCAUGCGUAUUGGGGUGCCUUGGGGGGACGCCCACCUACAACGGCCAGCUGUUCGAUCACGCGAUGCCGACGGGCUACAUCUACAAACUUUGGCUUCUAGUGGGGGACCCGAUGUACUUCGACAACAAAAACACCCAAUGCAUGCAAUUUGACUUUGAAUAUUCCCUCAAGUUUGAGUCGCGAAUGACUCCAUUCGAAGUGACAACGCAUUCGUGGAUGUGCCCCUUCGCUCGACUGCCUGGGCUGAUUGUACAGCUGAAGAAAGAUGCAGAGGACGCAAUUAUAUCAGACGAAUUGGGCGUCAUUAAAAUGCACUCCAUUGACCUUAAGGACUGGUGA